UUAACGCAUGUUCUCAGUUUCAUUUUGACCUCUAAUCGAUUCAACAGCAGUUCCAUAUUCGUUGUAAAAAAUGAGUAAUAAUCAAAAUAUUAUUUAUGGCGGUGAUUUUGAGGAAUCGCUUGAUUAUCCAACUGUUGGUGCAUUGCUUUAUGAUAAUUUUAAGGACGGUGGAGACAAGGUUGCAUUGAUUGAUGGCAUUAAAGAAGAACAAUGGACAUUUAAUGAUCUUUUGGAACAAAGUGUAAAGGUAGCAAAAGCACUUUAUGAUGCUGGAAUACGACAAAACGAUGUUAUUUCAAUCCUGUCUGAGAAUCGUUUAGAAUAUGCAGCGAUUGCAUAUGGAACUCUUUAUUUAAAUGCAAUCUGUGCGCCAACAAACUUUGCAUACACAGAACGUGAACUUGAACAUACUUUAAACAUCACAAAACCAAAGUUUGUCUUCAUAUCAUCAAGCACUAAAGCACUUCUUCCUAAAUUAGAACAAUUUGACUUUGUAAAGCAAGUCAUCUUACUAGACGACGAUAAUGUUAGCAGCGAUAAGCUCAUAUCAUUCAAGACAUUCCUCAAUAAGUAUAGUAACAAUAGCUUCAACGUAGAAGCCUUCGUUCGACAACCUGUCAAACUCUUUGAGCAAGUUGCUGUAAUUUUUAUGUCGAGCGGAACAACUGGACUUCCAAAAGGUGUUGAGCUGACUCAUGGCAACUUAAUUGCUUGUAUUGCUUCUAAUCUUGAGAGAGUUCCUUUGGGAAAGUCAUUGUUUGGCAAUGUUACAGCUUUAUACAUCACACCUUGGUUUCAUGUUAUGGGAUUUAUGGGAAAACUUUUAUUUACCACAACACGGGAAUUUACACAAGUAUUUUUAGCUAAGUUCAUACCCAAGUUGUACCUUAAAAGUAUUGAAAAAUAUAAAAUUUUGACAAUCACUGUGCCUCCUCCAGUCAUUCUGUUUCUGUCAAAAACACCAUUAUUAAGCAACUAUGACUUGUCAAGUUUGAAGCUAAUAUUUUCUGGUGCUGCUCCAUUAACAAAAGAACUUGAAGAGGAAGUUAAGAAACGAUUUAAUGACGAAAUUAUUGUUUUACAAGCUUAUGGUCAAACUGAGGCCACUCUUGGUGUGCUUUAUUCAGAUGUAGCAACAGCAAAACCAGGUUCUGUCGGUCAGUUAGUAAGAGGAACUUACGGUAAGGUUGUUGACUCAGACGGAAAUAUUCUAGGUGCAAAUAAAGUUGGUGAGCUGUGCUUUAAAGGUCCAUUUAUCAUGAAAGGAUAUAUUGACAACGUAGAAGCAACAAGUAGCACAAUAGACAAGGAUGGAUGGCUUCAUUCUGGGGAUUUAGGGUAUUAUGAUGAGGAUUAUCAAUUCUUCAUUGUUGACAGACUCAAGGAAUUGAUUAAGUACAAAGGAUAUCAAGUUCCUCCAGCUGAGCUAGAAGGUUUAUUAUCUUCUCAUGCUAAGAUUAGAGAUGCUGGUGUCAUUGGAAUCCCAGACGAGGCUGCAGGCGAGCUUCCAUUCGCUUUUAUUGUGAAGGAAGAAGGCAGUGACUUAACAGAGCAAGAAAUUAAAGAUUUCGUUGCUAAAAAUGCCAGCAAUCCUAAAUGGCUGCGAGGUGGUGUAAAAUUUAUUGACGCAAUUCCUAAGAAUAUCACAGGCAAGAUCUUAAGACGUGAAAUGAAGGAACUCUACAAAACUAUGAAAGCUAAACUGUAAAUUAUUCCUUAAUUUUUACAAAUGGUGCUUUAAAUUCCUUAAAAAAUAUCAAUAAACGUUUUUUAUUCAGUAAAUCUUAAGAUUUAUGUCUUAAUUUUCUUCUUUUUCGGCUUAAUUGGUACCGGAACUUUGAAGACAGUUGAACAUGUCGUACAAAUAGGUGAGAAUUUACAGAAAAUACUUAAACAAACAGAACAGACAAAUCCUAUAUCAAUUAGCUCACGAUGACAAAAGCAAGCUGCUCGAUAAUCAACUUUAACGGCUGGCGGUAAAGCUAAUUUCGAUCGAAUGGAUGGUUCUGGUAGAAAAAUCCACAGCAGGUAUUGUAAAAGUCCAUCAAGUUGAGGUACUUUAAG